AUGGUUAGAAGAUGCCUUGUAACGUUCAGACCUUUCAGGAUAUUUGUGGUCGGAGUAGGCUUCUUCAGCCUGUGUUUUCUAAUGACCUCUCUCGGGGGGAAGUUCUCCGCCAAGAGAUUAGGGGACUCUCCUUUCACCAUCCACACAGAAGGUGUGGAGUUGCGUGGUGUGCUUAAGAAGAUCACUGAAAUGUUGGAGACGAUUUUGAAAAGAAUGGACAGCUUAUCCAAACUUGAUAACACCACAGACACAAGGCAUCUUGACGAGCUCAGCUCUGCAAUCAACAGAUUUCAACAAUCCAGCCUGGUGGACAGGAUCCAAGCUAUAGCCCAGAAUGUUUCCAACAUGGCCAUCAGGGUGGAGCAAAUACUUCAAAACAGUAUGGUCCAAGGCAGAGUCGUGAGAGAUGGGACAUCAAGCCAGUGUGAAGUCCCAAAAGACAGACACUUUCCAGAGUGUUCUGGAAAAGUCGAUUGGAUGCGCGCACGGUGGACCUCAGAUCCUUGCUAUGCCUUCUAUGGUGUUGAUGGUUCUGAUUGCUCCAUCCUCAUCUACCUGAGUGAAGUGGAGUGGUUCUGUCCCCCACUGGCCUGGAGGAAUAACACAAACUUCCCCACCCAGAAUAAAGAGCAAGCAAAGUCCCCCAAGAGACAAGCUGCCUUCCGCACAGACCUUUCUGUACUGCUGGAUCAGAUCGGAGGAGGAAAAGAGUCUCUUAGCUUCAUGAAGCAUAGAAUCCGUCACUUCACAGAACAGUGGGUAACAGCUGCCAACCGCCUGGAUGAUAAACUAGGGCAUCAAUGGAGGGAUCAGAAGAAGAUCCUGGUUCAUGUGGGCUUUCUAACAGAGGAGUCUGGAGAUGUUUUCAGUCCAAAAGUGCUGAAGGGGGGACCUUUAGGCGAGAUGGUCCAGUGGGCUGACAUUCUGACUGCCCUCUAUGUUCUGGGACAGAACCUCAAGAUCUCUAUGUCGGUAAAGGAACUUCAAAGCUUCCUCGGCGUGCCCCCUGGCAGAGGUAGUUGUCCACUCACUGGCCCAUUGCCCUUUGACCUAAUCUACACAGACUACCAUGGCCUGCAGCAGAUGAAACAGCACUUGGGGCUCUCAUUAAAGAAACACAAAUGUCAUAUCAGAGUGAUUGACACCUUUGGGACUGAACCUGCUUACAAUCAUGAGGAGUAUGCAACUCUGCACGGCUACCGGACAAACUGGGGCUACUGGAAUCUCAACCCUAGGCAGUACAUGACCAUGUUCCCCCAUACACCAGACAACUCAUUCAUAGGUUUUGUUUCUGAGGAGUUUAACAAGACAGAGAAGAGAAACAUUCAGCAGAACAAAGUCAACAACAUGGCCGUAGUGUAUGGGAAGGAAGCCAGCAUGUGGAAGGGCAAAGAGAGUUUCAUGGAGAUUCUUCACAGGUACAUGGAAGUCCAUGGCACUGUUUACUAUGAGACCCAGAGACCUCCAGAGGUCCCAGCCUUUGUAAAAAACCAUGGUCUACUGCCCCAGCAUGAGCUGCAGCAACUGCUCCGCAAGGCCAAGCUCUUCAUUGGCUUCGGUUUCCCAUAUGAAGGCCCUGCUCCACUUGAAGCAAUAGCCAACGGUUGCAUUUUCCUGCAGCCCAGGUUCCAGCCACCACAUAGCUCACUGAAUAAUGAUUUUUUCAGAGGCAAGCCCACCACUAGAGAGGUUUUCUCCCAGCACCCAUAUGCAGAACGAUACAUAGGCAGACCACACGUCAUGACAGUGGACUACAACAACUCAUUUGAGUUUGAUUCUGCAAUAAAAGAAAUCAUGAGGACCAAGGUUGAGCCUUACCUGCCUUAUGAGUACACUUGUGAGGGGAUGCUGGAGAGAGUACAUGCCUAUGUACAGAACCAGGACUUCUGUGCGCCAGAGGAUCCAGUCAUCUUUACAAACCUUUCGAGAAUUGUAUAUGGUGGUGGCAGCAGGUUUAUAGAAACUCUGUUUGUCCCCUUGCCCAACUCCACAUCCCUCACCUGGGCAUCCAACGUGAGGGCUCCCACUGUCUGGCCCCCACUAAGCUCUCUAAGGCUGCUUGCAUCGGAAGAAGGCCAGUCUUGUGUUGAUGCCUGCAGAUUAGUAGGUUUAAUCUGUGAACCUGCCCACUUCCGCUUCAUCAACAACAAGGAUGCUCUGCAUGGGUUAGAGGUGCAGUGCAAGGUGGUAAACUCUGAGAUCAACCAUAUCCUUCCAGCCUUCUCGGUGGUGCAACAGGAGUGUAGCCUUCAGGAAGAACCCUUGCUUUAUAGCUGCGCAGGACACUCCCUUAAGUACAGACGUCUUUGUCCCUGCAGGGACUUCCGCGAUGGUCAAGUGGCACUGUGCAAGGACUGUCUAUGA